CGACCCUAAAUGUCCCUUCUACGUGAAGCGGAAAAAUGCAUCGCUAACCAACAAUCACACGGCCUCAAUGCUUUCAUAACAUCACUGCCCCGCGCGGGACGGUGGUUGGACCGCGUGAAGGAAGCAGACCGGCGCCGCGAGCAAGGAACUCCAAAAUCUCCCGUGGAUGGCCGUCUGAUCUCCAUCAAAGACAACAUCUGCACGCGUGACCUUCCGACGACCUGUGCCUCGGGCAUUCUGAGCAAGUUCACCAGCCCGUUCAAUGCGACUGUGAUUGAUCAAUUAGAGGAUGCCGGGGCUGUUGUGGCUGGAAAGGCCAACCUGGAUGAAUUUGGAAUGGGGUCACAUUCUACCAACUCGCGCUUUGGGCCCGUGAAGAACUUGCGACGUGAUGCCAGCGGACAAGAUCUCUCCGCCGGUGGUAGCUCCGGGGGGAGUGCGGUGGCGGUGGCAGCGGAUCAAUGCUAUGCUGCACUUGGGACAGACACCGGAGGCUCUGUCCGACUUCCUGCCGCAUACACGGGGACCGUGGGAUUCAAACCGUCCUACGGAUUAAUAUCGCGAUGGGGGGUGGUCGCUUACGCCAAUUCUUUGGACACGGUUGGGAUUCUAGGGAAGAAAACCUCCAGUGUCCAGGAUAUCUUCCGUAUUCUAAACCAGCAUGACCCGCGUGACCCGACCAGUCUCUCUGCCUUUACGAGGUCCCGGAUUCUGUCCCAACUCCAGUCACCACGACUCGCCUCUCGGUUGACAUCAAAACCUCUCCGAAUUGGAGUUCCGAUAGAAUACAACAUCUCCGAACUUGCCCCGUCGGUUCGCCGUGCCUGGCUACUAUCCCUGGUGCAUUUGCAGGAGCAAGGACAUACCAUUCACCCCGUUUCCCUACCAGCCACCAAGCAUGCACUAUCAGCAUACUAUGUUAUCGCCCCUGCCGAAGCCUCCUCGAACCUGGCCAAAUACGACGGCGUGCGGUACGGAACUCGCGCCGAGGGGCCGGACAGUGACGGACAGCCAGACGGCUAUCUCUAUGCUAACACGCGCGGAAGCGGGUUUGGCGAAGAGGUGAAGCGACGCAUUCUGCUAGGCACGUUCAGCUUGAGUGCCGAUGCCAUGGACAACUAUUUCAUUCAGGCACAGUGUGUUCGACGACUGGUCCAGCGAGACUUCAACACCGUGUUCGCUGCCGAGCAUCCAUUGGCUGCAACGCAGGACACAGGUCGCCUCGAAGCGGAGCAGGUUGAUAUUCUUGUGUGCCCUACUGCACCGUCGUCACCGCCACGACUGUCCGACGUGACCGUGGCCAGUGGUUCAUCACCGUUGGAUGCCUACGUCAACGAUGUCUUUACGGUUCCUGCCAGUUUGGCAGGCCUGCCAGCUCUCUCUGUCCCGGUGACCUCCGAGUCUUCAGAAAAUUCGGGCGCUGGUGAGCUUGCUGGUAUCCAAGUCGUGGGCCAGUAUGGGGAUGACGAGCUGGUGAUGAAGGUUGGAGAGCUAUUGGAGGGCAAAAGAUUUGAGAGCAGCCUAUAG